AUGGCGGCGAUGACGAGAGGCUCUUCGCUAGUCUUCAGAAGAUGGGUGAGUCAUAUCGAAAAGCCAAAAAAAAAGAAGUUUGCGUCGCGUCAUGUUUCCCAGCUGACGCAGCAGUGCCGCCGGCGAUGCGUGGCCCACGUCGCGCCGCGCCUAAUUCCCGCCGCCACCGCCGUGCCGGAGCGGACGUUACCGACGUGCGGCGUGAACUCGCGGACGUUGGCCCGCGCGCUGCACGCCUCAACAGCCCGCGGCGCCGUGGUCCAGUUCAAACUGUCAGACAUCGGCGAGGGAAUCACGGAGGUGACGGUGAAGGAGUGGUACGUGAAAGCGGGAGACAAAGUGUCUCAGUUCGACAGCAUCUGCGAGGUUCAAAGUGACAAGGCGUCCGUCACCAUCACCAGCCGCUACGACGGCGUCAUCACCAAACUUUACUACGACGCCGACGACGUGGCCCUGGUGGGCCAACCGCUGGUGGACAUCGACACCGAAUCGGCUUCGGACGCCAUCCAGGAAGAAGACGUGGUGGAGACGCCGGCCAUGGCCCGAGAGGAGCACACCCACCAGGAAAUCAAAGGACUCAAGACCCAGGCCACACCGGCCGUCAGACGCCUCGCCAUGGAGAACAACAUCAAGCUGAGCGAGGUGGUGGGGUCAGGAAAGGAUGGCCGCAUCCUGAAGGAAGACAUUCUCAACUUUCUGGCCAAGCAGACGGGCGCCAUUUUGCCUCCCAGCCCCUUACGGGAAACGCCCUCGGCGUCCCCGCCGCCCCCCGCCGCUCGGCCGCUGCACGUCCCGGUUGGCCGAGACACCACCGAGCCGCUCAAAGGCUUCCAAAAGGCCAUGGUCAAGAGCAUGACGGCGGCGCUGGCCAUCCCGCACCUGGGUCUGUGCGACGAGGUGGACCUGGGACGCCUGGUGGCGCUGCGGGCCGAGCUCAAGGCCGAAGCCCAAAGUCACGGGGUCAAACUCAGCUACAUGCCCUUCUUCAUCAAGGCCGCCUCCCUCUGCCUAGCCCGCUUCCCCGUCCUCAACGCCACGUUGGACCAGGGCUGUCAGAACAUCACAUAUAAGGCGUCCCACAACAUCGGCGUGGCCAUGGACACGGGCCUGGGUCUGCUGGUGCCAACCGUGAAGAACGUGCAGCUGCUCAGCAUCCUGGAAGUGGCGCGGGAACUCAACCGGCUGCAGGAGCUGGGCGCCGCCGGACAGCUGGGAACGGCCGACUUGAGCGGAGGAACGUUCAGCUUGUCCAAUAUCGGAUCGAUCGGAGGGACGUACGCCAAGCCGGUCAUCCUCCCGCCCGAGGUGGCCAUCGGGGCGCUGGGCAGAAUCCAGGUGCUGCCGCGCUUCGACGCGUCCGGUCAAGUGACCCGCGCGCACGUGAUGAACGUCAGCUGGUCGGCGGACCACCGCGUGGUGGACGGCGCCACCAUGUGUCGCUUCUCCAACAUGUGGCGAGACUUCCUAGAGAACCCCGCCAGCAUGCUGCUGCACCUCAAGUGA